AUGUUAUCGGAAGAAUUCUACUCCUGUAUCUGCGGCCCGCCUAUUGCGGCAAACACGGCCGUAUCCAAAGAUAUCGGCAUCUACGCCCAUACUCUUAGCCCCAGCUACACCGUCAAGUCAACUCUCAAGAGAAGUGCUACCCCGGCCCACUGCUUAGCUAUCAGUGACUCGCAUGUCUUUGCCGCCCAGCACGAAAAGUCCCAGGUUCACGUCUACUCAAGAUCGCGGGGCAUCCAAGAAACAGUCGUUACCUUUCCAGAACGCAUUCGGAGCUUGGCGUUGAUUGACGAUGUCUUGGCGUUAGGCACCUCCGAGGGCAGGUUGAUCCUGUGGGAGACAUGCACUGGUCGCCAGCUGGUCACACCACCUUGCCACGUCCAAGCCGUUUCGUGUCUGGCCGUCACGCCCUAUCACAUCCUUACAGGCUCCGAAGAUUCCAACAUUCAUGUUUGGACAAUCUCCCGUCUGCUAGAGCUAGAUGCUUCUGUGGAGAGUGAGCCGGACCGUACGCUCGCCAACCACAGGGCUGCCAUCACAUCGCUCGCUGUCAGUGGUAGUGUCAACCCGGAAACCAACAUUUGCGUCUCGUCCAGCAAAGACAAGACUUGCAUCAUCUGGAACUAUCAAACGGGCGAUGUUCUACGUACACUAUUGUUCUUCACGGCUCCGCUGUGCGUUUCCAUGGAUCCCUGCGGUCGUGCCGUCUUCGUUUCAUCUGAGGACAGGGCUCUCUACCUCGUAGAGCUCUUCGGUGAGAAGCCGCUCAUUGGUCCGAAUAGCACUGAAUCAUCGUCGACUGUCGUUCAAGUCAAUUCACCGAUUGGAGUUGCUGAUGAAGAUGCUGGUUCGGCUUUGUGCUUGGCACCAAACCAUGAUGGCACAACAAUCUUAUCCGGUCAUGCAAAAGGCAAAAUCUUGCAAUGGCAGCUGGCCGAAAACGGUCACCCCACAGAGUUGACAGACCUCAAUGCCUCUGUGACGAACUUGGUGUUUCCGCCAUUGCUGAAAACACCUCGACCCACAAAAGCUGUUGCAGUUGUCAAGCCCACUCAGACCGAGCGGCAAUUCACCUUUACAUCUCAACUAAACACAAGUCUCGAACAAGAGACGAGAUUCGGCAAGAUGCUCAAUGGCUUUGGUUUGCCUGAUGAUGCGCUCGAGGCCGCCAUUCUUUCGUUCCAGGAGUCUCAUGCACAACAAUGUGCCACGGAUGAAGAGGCUCAGCAAGAGACUGAAGAGUUGUGGGAUAUUAUUAACGAGCAACGGGCGCUACACAAGCUGGCUAUGCAGCCGUAUCACGAAGCCAAAUCAUCUCAUACCUGA